GUAACCCUGCGAUGGACUAGCAUCCCAUUCAGGGAGGAGUAGAAAUACUCCUAGUCACUGCAUGCUGCAGAAACCAGGGUAAGCUCAGGCUGUAUGGGUACUGGCCUGAUGCAGACUUUACCUUACGGUAUCCCAUGGCUAGAUCUAUCUAAAAUCAUUACACAGUUGAAGGGCAUGGUGGUAGGGGUAUCAUCUCAUUGGGUUUCUGGGCAAGACAUUUCCCCUCAAAGAGCCUUUGUGACCCAGUGGUAUCAUUGGGUGGUUUAGUAUGUGAUAGACCUGGAGAAGCAACAUAUGAAUACACUAAACAGGGAGCAAAAGAUUCAUUCUCCAUAACUGAAUGGUUUAGCAAUCUAUUUAAUGUCAGUUGGGAGAAUUUGGUGCUAGAUAAAUGUACUGUUAACUUGAUGAUUUUUUGUUCUUGAAGGGAUUACGUGACAAAAAUUGUAUCAUUUAUCCAUAGACCUUUUGCAACAAUUGGACACGUGACUUGCUUUUCAAGAACACACUGAUUUAGUCAUUGAUAUGUAUUGGCAGUGUCCAUGGGAUUCCUGUCUGUCGCUCAUCUCCACAGACAAAUUACUGACUAUGGAGGCUACACUUUGGAUUUUACUGGCCCACUGAUGGUCUUGGUACAAAGAACUGCUUAUGUGGCUUUCAGUGUCCAUGAUGGCUUGGCAAGGGAUGAAAGCAAGCUUACAGAGGAACAAAGAAGAGAAAGGCUCAAAAAAGUCCCCUCUCUGUUGGAAUAUUUCAGCUACUUGUUCCACUACAGUACGAUACUAGCAGGACCUGUUUGUACCUUCAGGGAAUUUAAUGAUUUUAUUGAUGGAUCAGACAUCAGACCAAAGGACCCAGGCCAGAAAGAACCAUCGCCAAUGAGUGAUGUACUAAGGAAAAUAAUGGUCAGCUUGGUGUGUGUAACCGUUAUUCUACUCACUGGAUCAAAUUAUCCUAUUGCCAGAAAUGGAGAUCCAGAAUUCAUCAGGUCCCACCAUUUUCUUUGGAGAGUUUUGUAUUCCUGGAUCUCCAUACUUUCCGUUAGAAUGAGAUAUUACUUCGCUUUUACGUUGGCUGAGGCCGUUAACAACAUGUGUGGACUGGGGUUUAAUGGUUAUGACGAGAAUGGAAAAGGCAAGUGGAACCGAGUUACUAAUGUCGAUAUUCUCAAACUUGAGUUUGCAACAAACAUGAAGCAAGUGUUGGACAACUGGAAUAUUUGCACAGUGUUGUGGUUAAGAAGAAUAGUGUAUGAGCGAGUCCCACACCACCGCACUCUAGCUGUGUUCGUAAUGUCAGCUUUCUGGCAUGGGUUUUACCCAGGAUACUACAUGGCCUUCGCUACAUGUGGACUGAUGGUUGAAGCUGCGAGAAAGGUUCGUCGAACUUGCAGGCCUUCUUUCCAGAGAUCACGUGUCGCUUCUCGUGUUUAUGAUGUUUUGACAUGCGCAGUGACCAUCUCUUGUUUGACGUUCACCACCAUCCCAUUUGUAGCUUUGGAAUUGAGCAUUGGCCUGGACUACUGGCGUUCUAUGUAUUACUUCGGACACGUUUGGUGCUUUGUAGCACUUCUUUUUCUGCCUGGCGGUAAACCCAAGACUCAUCCCAAAGUUGAGGAAAACACACAAGCAACAGCAGAGGAGAAAGAUGAGCAGAACAACUCAACUACAGACGAGUUCAUCGAGCUUCGCCACAGAGUCAACAAGAAACUUGAAGCGCAAAAUAGGCAAGAGAGACUGCUCUACGCCGGCGCGCGCAAUUCCUUGCUGAAAGAGAACUUGAUGUGGGGCCUGCGACUGCUAAGAACGAGAUAAAAUGUGUUAGAGGUCGUAAUCAAGGACACAUCAAGCGGCCGACAUGAAGAAAAAGUGUACAUUGAGCGGCCAAGAUAUGGCAAGAAGGCUUACGGCUGGUUUUCAUUUGAUCGCUACUGCGAUUGUGUUGGUUAGCGGUUUCUCGUAUGACUGUUGGUAGCACGUUGUUUUAGUCCGCCAUGUUGGAUCGCCUAGCGAAUAGAGUGUAGUUAAACUAAAACCAAACCAAUUUCUUACCAGUUAGACUACUAAGCCAUAGUCUCAAACCGUAGUAAAACCACAACCAAAACCAAAGUAAUUGCCUGAUUACUUUCGACACUCAAUUAAAAAACGCUCUAAAGGAUUGUUCUGUUGUUAAUUCUGACCACUAGACCAUCGUAGAAAUGGUUUUUUUUUUACAGCGAUCGAAGCGUUUAUCUGGAAACGAGCCUUUAGAGAACCCUGAAUGCAGUUUCCCGUCCUUAGUUAAAAAAAAAAAAAAAAAAAAA